AUGGCCAGGAACCCGCCAACUAUGGGCGGGUCGGAGGGCAGCACAGCGAAUGUGGCUGUUCGGAUAGUCGACAUCGGCGUUGGCCAGUCGCAAGGAACCCGCGACCACCAGGAAGACCGGUUUAAAAUCCUUAGGCCUGGCGAGCAAUUUGGGAGAACUAUCGCGCUAUUCGCCGUCUAUGAUGGCCAUGGAGGUGAUAGUGUCUCCAACUUCGCUGAACACCAUCUGCACGAGAUCCUAUCACACGAACUUCAACAUCAACACGGGCGGGACGCAUUCCACAAGGCGAUCACAAAAUCAUUUCAGGAAGUCGAUCGACGGCUACGGCAACGAGGCAUUGGGGAGGCUACCGGCUCAACCGUGUCGCUUGCGCUAGUGGACGUGGGGAAGGGAACGAUGGUGACAGCCGACUUGGGCGAUUCGUACGCCUUUCUCGGUGUGCAGAGAGACGAACACCCGCUGGAGGUCCUGAAGUUGUCGCAGUCGCAGAAGCCGGGGGAGAAAUCUGAACGGGAGCGUAUAGAAAAGGCUGGAGGUCAAGUCAAUGACGAUUUCGGCGGCGCUCGCAUUGGCGGCAUCAACCUGUCCCGCGCCCUCGGUGACCUGGACUACAAGAAACCUGGCCCAGACGAGAAGGUUGCAGACCUCAAAGACCCGUCACAUCCACUCUCAAACAUCCUAAAGACCGACCUCGCGAAGGCCACGGGCCUUGCCGACGCAAACGACCACGACAUGCUAGCAGAUUGGAUAUCCAACAUACCGCACACGAAUUACCAGUCACUCACCGGAGCGCGCCGAUAUAUACUGUUACUGGCGAGUGAUGGAUUGGGCGAGGAAAAGGAUGGCGCUAGUUCACUUUGGUGGGCGGCGAACCAGUGGGACAAAGGCGUUGAAGCCACACAUAUUGCAAGGCAGUUAGCAGAGAAGUCGAGUCGAAGGACGAGUGAUAACUCAACAGUUCUGAUUGCGGUCUUUGAAUGA